GGCGGUCGUACUGUAUACGAUCGAGAGGAGGUCGCUUCCCCAUAUAGUAGUAAUACAGAGUCUUUUUUAGAGAGAAAGAGAGAGAGAGAGAGAGAGAGAGAGAGAGAGAGGUCAUAACAGCAACCGUAAUUUCGACCCCUUCUCAUGCGUAUCCCUUCACCAUAACUCCCUCCGCCUUCAUCGCUCUCUUCCUCUCUCAACACCCAUCAUCUUUUAGCCUCUUUCUCUCUCUAAACGAUUCCAUUAGUUUUCAUCGCUCUUCCUGUUAUUUAGCUUUUCUCGUUCCUUUUCUCCCAGUCUUUUCCUCUGUUUUAUUCUCCAUUUUGUCCUCUCUUUUUCUUUCAGUUUUUUCUCCUUGUUGCUUCCUGUUCUCUCUGUUUCAAUGGCUUCUCUCUCCUCUUAGGCUUCCCUGCUCUGAUUCUUCAUUUUAAUUGUUCUGCUUCCAUACCUGCUCUUUUCUCGUCGUUAGCUGCCAAUUUCUCUUUAUUCUCCAUUUUAUUGUUUCUCGUUUUUAGGUGCCAAUUUCUCUUUAUUCUCCAUUAUAUCGUUCUCUGUAGCGUCCGUUUCCUUUGAGCUUGUUCCCAUACUUUUUUUUCUAGCUCCUAUGCUUUCAUGGCUUCAGCGUUGUAGUUCUGGCCGUCACUCCUCUAAAAUCAGAAGAAACCGGAGGAAAAUGGAGGAAGUAGCUAAAUCAGAAUUGGAUUUUCCUGCUUCUGAGGUUCCUAAUGGUUCAAAAGCCAUGGAUUCACGCCCAAGAACUAGUGAUCGCCGUAGAGUUUCAUUGAGAGAUGAGUUUUCAAAAUCUUUUAGCGAUUCAGAUGAAGGAAAUGGCGAAAAAUCAGCUACGGUUUGUGAAGGAUCCUUGAUAAAUGGUAUAAUGGAGGUUUCAGAUGAGAAGGCCCCUGUGGAGAAUGGUUUUGAUGGAGGAAACAACAAAAACGGGGUUACGGUUAGUAAAGAACCGUCAAAAUCUGAACCAGAUGAAGAAAAUGGUGCAGAACCCGUCACAAAAGCUCGUGAUUCGCUUGAAAAUGGUGAGAAUUCAAUCGAAGAAUGUAAAGAUCGCAGUUUAGAGAGAGAAAAUGGCGAUGAAACAGUCACUGAUCACGAAGAUCGCUCCAUUACAAAUGGAGUAAUUGAGACUCAUUCACAAAAGCCAUUAACCUGUGAUAACAGCUCAGAUGAAGAGAACGACAAAAGUAUUCGCCAUAAGAGCAAAUCCCUUGAUUACAGAAACGAAGAGAAGCUCUUAAAGCCCCACUCAUGGCUUCCUCAACCAGAGGUUCCCCAAGGGCUUCUCUCUGAGCCAAAAAACCGUAACAAAACCCCAGAACCUCAAACGGAGCGCUCUAUUUCUGAAACCCGAGACAUGCCGUCCUUCGGAAAAUUCAUUAAGGAACGAAGCAACAGCUUAUCCUCAGCAAUAGUCAAGCGCAUUUCUUCCCUAAAGGAUAGCGAACCAGAUGAGGCAGAGAAAAUCUCUACAGUGAAGCAGUUUAACCUAACUGGUUUAAAGGUAAUAGUCCAGUUAAAAGCUAAAGAACCUGAGUUCAAAGGAAGGAUCGCCUUCUUUUCUAGGUCAAAUUGCAGAGAUUGCAGCGCUGUAAGGGCUUUUUUCAGAGAAAAGGCCCUAAAUUUUGUCGAAAUCAACAUCGAUGUUUAUCCAUCGAGAGAAAAUGAGCUUCUACAGAGAACUGGUAGCUCCUCUGUUCCUCAAAUUUUCUUCAAUGAGCAGCUUUUUGGAGGAUUAGUGGCUCUGAAUUCCCUGAGAAACAGUGGCCAGUUCGAGAGGAGAUUGCUUGAAUUAACGGCCGGUAAGUGCCCACCUGAAGCUCCUCAACCACCCGUUUAUGGAUUCGACGAUCCAGAUGAAGAGCACAAGCAAGAUGAACUGUUAGGUAUAGCUAGGGUUUUGAGGCAGAAGCUCCCUAUACAAGAUAGGAUCAUGAAGAUGAAGAUUGUGAAGAAUUGCUUUUCUGGUGGUGAAGCGGUGGAGGUCUUGAUUCAACACAUGGAUUGUGGGAGAAAAAAGGCUAUCGAAAUGGGGAAACAGCUCGCGAGGAAGCAUUUCUUCCAUCAUGUAUUCCAGGAAAAUGACUUCGAAGAUGGAAACCAUUUCUAUCGUUUCCUCGAACACGAACCCACCAUACCCAAAUGCUUCAACUUCCGAGGAUGUACAAAUGAUGAUGAACCAGAGUCAGCCCAAGUGGUUGGAAAGAAGCUCAAUAAAAUAAUGUCCGCCAUACUCGAGGCCUAUGCAACAGAUGACCGCUGCAAUGUGGAUUAUCACCGUAUUAGCAACAGUGAAGAAUUCCGAAGAUAUGCAAAUCUUGUACAGGAUCUACAACGCACAGACAUCCUAGCACUCAAAGACAACCAGAGGCUUGCUUUUUUCCUAAAUCUCUACAACGCAAUGGUGAUCCAUGCAGUCAUAAGGAUUGGAGAACCUGGGGGAGUAAUUGAUCGGAGAACCUUCUUCGGAGAGUUUCAGUACAUAGUAGGAGGCUACCCAUAUUCUUUAUCAGCAAUAAAGAAUGGAAUCCUCCGAGGCAACAGGAGGCAACCAUAUACUUUGGCAAGACCUUUUCAUGCCAGUGACAAGCGACUGGAGGCCUCCCUUCCAAAGUUGAACCCAUUAAUUCACUUUGGAUUGUGCAAUGCAACAAGAUCAAGCCCAACAGUUAGGUUUUUUUCUGCCGAAGGAAUUGAAGCAGAACUAAGAUAUGCCACAAGAGAAUUUUUCCAUGGAGAUGGGAUGGCAGUGAAUUUAGAGAAGAGGACUGUUUAUCUCACAAGAAUCAUGAAAUGGUUCAGUGCAGAUUUUGGUCAGGAAAGAGAAAUUUUGAACUGGGUACUAAACUACACAGAUGCAACUAAAGCAGGUCUUUUGACUCAUUUAUUGAGUGAUGGGGCCCCCAUUAAUAUUGUCUAUCAAGACUUUGAUUGGUCAUUAAACUCCUAAAUACAAGAGGGAUGGCAUCGUGUCAUGCCCAUGCUUCCACCUAGCAUGAAUCCAUAGCAUGUUUGGUUCAACAAUGGUGAGUCCAGUGAGGACAGUAAAGAAUGUGGUCGAAGAAUGAUUGAUGCAACAGUUGCAGGAAAUCGAGAAAGAUUAUGGUGAGAAAAUGCACCAUUGAAAAAUAUAACAGUUUUGGAUGUUGUAUAUAGCAUAUAGUCUGGAAGGUCAUGCAUUUCGUAAUUUGAGAGUGUUGUGGUUUUUUGUGUGUAUUCGUCAUUCCCGUGUGUUCCAAACUUCCAAAGCACCCAGCCAACAAGCCAGCUCAACAAAGGUUCAGCUCAAAUAGGCAGUGCAGCAGUGCGGUGUUGAUUGAGCAGAUGCAUAUUUGAAUCAAAUUCAUAUUUUACAUAUACAAAGAUGCAGCAAUGCGUGAAUUGGCCAUGUUCUUCAGCAAUUCUUUUUUCUAUUGUGUGGACUCCUUGAAUCAAAUGGUCAAAAUGGAAAGAUUUUGAGUGAUU